ACCUCCCGGAGCACCCGGGCGCUCCGAAGAGAGGCCUUCCCGGUGUCUCGUUUUAUUCCAGCGGCUUUCCGCGCUGUAAGAUGCGCAGAUCCCUUUGUGCUUCCGUCCGGUGCGAUCGCAGCGCCCGGGCUUGUGACACACCUGCGCGCUGUGCGGAAGGUGCGCCUGGUUUUCAGCAGGGCGCUCAUCGCAUCUCCGCGUCGCCUGAUGCCUGCGCUCAGGAUUUUCCGUGUCGUGGCUGCGCCCCCGCGGGUGGGAAACAUUUCCACGCGCCGGGCGUGUGCCAGGCCCGCGGCGUGUGCCGACCGCCGAAGAGCGAGUCAGUGUUUCAAAUCGCUACGUGAACCACUGGCUCUUAUCAACCUCAAAAAGAAAAAUGAAGAAACUGGGGAAGAAGAGCUUGCCUCACGCUUGGAUCACUGCAAAGCAAAAGCCACCAGGCACAUAUUCCUUAUCCGUCACUCUCAGUAUAAUCUGGAUGGCCGGGCUGAUAAGGACAGAACUCUGACCCCGCUUGGUCGAGAGCAGGCUGAACUGACUGGACACAGGCUGGCCAGCUUGGGGUUAAAAUUCGAUCAGAUCAUCCACUCCUCUAUGACUAGAGCAACUGAAACAACGGAAAUUAUAAGCAAACAUCUCCCAGGAGUCAAAAAAAUUAGUACUGAUCUGCUGAGAGAGGGAGCACCUAUAGAACCAGACCCUCCAGUCUCUCACUGGAAACCAGAAGCUGUGCAGUAUUACGAAGAUGGAGCUCGGAUCGAGGCCGCUUUUCGGAACUUCAUCCAUAGAGCUGACGCAAAGCAGGAGGAAGACAGCUAUGAGAUCUUUGUCUGCCACGCCAACGUGAUCCGCUAUAUCGUGUGCAGGGCAUUGCAGUUCCCCCCAGAAGGCUGGCUGCGAAUGUCUCUGAACAAUGGCAGUAUAACUCACUUGGUGAUACGUCCGAACGGCAGAGUGGCUCUUCGAACACUGGGUGACACAGGUUUCAUGCCGCCAGAUAAAAUCACACGCACCUGAAUGAGCAAAAACGAUGGCUGUCCAGGAGCUGCCUCUAGUCUCUCUGCACUAGAACGUUCAGCUGCAGUACUGCUAGAUUUUAUCUGUUACCCUGGGGUGUGAUGCUGUCUUAAAAAUGUCCCUUAGCCCCUUGCCUCCUUCAUACAUAUUCAUAUCUGCCUUUCAGU